AUGCAAGACGCCCUAAUCUUCCUCCUCUUGCUCCCCUUGACGCUCUUCAUCCUCAUCUUCAGCCGGCACCGGCAUGCGUUGGCGCGCGAGGCAGCCUACACGCGGCUCGCCGCAGUCAAGUCGGCCGUCCUCAGGAAGCUCCCCACACUCGGCCGGCACCCGGAGGUCUUCGUCACCGACCGCUUCACAGCGCACCGCCUCCUGGUCAGCGGCGCGGCUGCCGGAGGCGCGUUCUCGGACCGCCCGCCUUCCAUCGUGCCCAGCGCCGUGCUCUCGCGCCGCCGGCACUACAACAUCAACUCGGCGCCGUACGGCCCGCUCUGGCGCGCGAUCAGACGCAACCUCACCUCCGAAAUCUUCCACCCGUCGCGCCUCCGGCAGUACAGCCCCGCGCGCCGCCACGCCCUCCGCGGUCUCAUCGAGGACCUCGACCGCCAGUGCGCGUCUGGCGGCGUGGUGCUCGCGGCGGGGAGCCUGCGCGCGGCCAUGUUCGGCCUGCUGGCCACCCUGUGCUUCGGUGCGGGCGUCAACGCGGGCCUCGUGCGGCCAAUGGCCGACGCCCAGGACGACCUCGUCCAGUGCUUCCUCGGACUGCGCGUCUUCGCCACGCUCCCCGCGGUCACCGGACUCAUCUACCGGGACAGGUGGAGGAAGCUGCUCCAGCUACGGCAGCAGCAGGAGGAGACGUACCUUCCACUCAUCGACGCCCACCGCCGCGACGGCCGGCCCAACAACCGCCAUGGCGAGCCCCCGGCGUACGUGGACCUCCGCGUGCCGGACGAGCACGCCGCCGCCGCCUCAGGCAGCGACAAACGUCGUAAGCGGCAGCGGCAGCGCAGGCUCACUGAUGGUGAGCUCGUGGGUCUGUGCUCCGAGUUUCUUGGCGCCGGCACGGAGCCCGCUGCCGCGGCGCUGCAGUGGAUCAUGGCGAACCUGGUGAAGCGUCCCGACGUGCAGCGCGCACUCCGGAAGGAGAUCGACGCCGCCGUGGGUGCCGAUGCCGAGGAGGUCGGCGAGGAGGUACUUGGAAGGCUGGAGUACCUCAACGCCGUCAUCAUGGAAGGGCUCCGGCUGCACCCCACCGUGCCCAUGGUGCUUAGGAAGGUGAUGGCCGAGGACCAUGUCGUGCUGGACGGCCGGCGUCUCCCUGCCGGCACGGCGGUGCACUUUCCGCUGGCGCGGCUGGCACGUGACAAGACGGCGUGGACCGACCCACGUGAGUUCCGGCCGGAGAGGUUCCUGGCCGGCGGCGAGGGCGCGGGCGUCAGCCUGGUGGCGGCCGCGGGCAGCGCUGGGGAGAUCAGGAUGAUGCCGUUCGGUGCCGGCCGGAGGAUGUGUCCCGGCAUGGGCGUCGCCGUGCUCCAUCUUGGCUACUUCGUGGCCAAUCUUGUGAGGGAGUUCGAGUGGGCAGAGGCGGAGGGCGAGCUCGCUGUUGACCUAAGGCCACGCGCCCACGCCUCGGGUUCUUCACAGUCAUGA